UGGAAGAGCAAGUUGAUUAUCCACCUCAGGGCGCAGAGUGAGCAACGCGCGCUCGAGGAGCUGCAGCACAAGCGUGCAAAGCCGCUGACGCGCUUCGAGGAUCUGCUCGAGAGCCAGCCAGAGCUGCCGCCACGCCCGCCCGCGGCGGACAAAGAGGCGACAUGGCAGCACGAUUUGCACGAGACGCUACUGAAUCAACAGUCGUCGUACAUCAAGCGGCUGCUGUGUGAAACGCUGCCGGGCGGUUUCAAGGGAAUCGCGACCAAGCAAAUGGACGAGCCGAUGGUGAACGCCGACUUCAAGAGCGUUGGCCAGCUCUUACAAGACCUCAACAACGUGCGCAGCCAGGUCAACGUGAACGCGCACGAGGCUCUGCACACGCACAUGAUCACGGCGAAGAUGAUACUGGUCAUGGUGCUCAGUGUGCUUCCGAGGCACAUGUGGGGCUCCUCCGUCAAGUUCACGGAGGAGAGCUUCACGCUGGAGAAGGUGAGCGAGAAGCUUGCCAACAUCUUUGGCAACAAGACCAAGAGCGAAUUCAUGGCGCUGGCUAGCGGCAGGGUGGUCAACCACGUCAAGUCGACCCCAGCCAAGACGGCUUCAACAAAUCCGAAGGGAUCCGUUCUGGGCAAGCGAAAGACCGCAGACGGUCCGAUCAACGACGCCCACUACAACGUCGGGUACAUGAAGUGCCACUACUGCGCAGGCGCGCACAACGAUCGGGAUGGCAUUGGCCCACACAAGAUGCUUGACUGCCCCGCGCGUCGCGCAGACAAGGCUGCGGGUGUGUUUCGCCGCAACGUGUGGACGUACCCAAGCCGCAAGGCUCGCAAGGAAGUACACGAGCCUACACCCAAGAUGAAGGGCAAUGGAAAGGCCAAAGCCAAGGAGCGUCGUGAAAUCCCAUUGGCUGAGUGCCUGGUCAAAGUCGUGGCAGUAGACGCGUACGACGCGCAGCAAGAUUCGCUGCCCGCGACCCCAGAUGGGUACACGAGCCCGCCCCCAAGCAACUUUCAGCAGCCUGACACGCCGGGAAAGGGCGCUUCGCCGAUGAGCGACGAAGACGAGCCAAUGGAGAGCGUCGUCAACGCAGCUUGA